GGUGUCAAUUAUCCAAUCACAACGUUCGAUCAUUGUUUUUAUUAUCUGUUGCGGCAUUAAACUAAAUAAACACACAAAAUGUCAGAAGAACACACCGCCGAGUUACCAAAAUCCGUACAAGCUCGAAUAGAACGCAACCGUCAAAAGGCACUAGCUAUAAGGCAAAGCAAACUUGUGUCACAUCCUUACGCAAAGAGUACUGCUAUUUCCAUCGAUAAAACAACGAUUAAAAUAGGAACAACAAAGUACAAGGACACGGGCGGAGGUUUUUUGCUUGAAGAAGACCCAAAGGAAGAAUUACCUGACGCGAUUACCACCACCGAGCCACCCGUUGUGGAAGAUGAUAGACCAAGUUGUGUAAAAUGUGAAAAGUCAAUUGCUUCAUCAUGGUUGUUUGAUAAUUUUGGUUACAAGUGUUGUGAUUCCUGCAAGGAUACUGACGAGGAACAUAAACUUAUUACCAAAACGGAAGCGCUAAAUAGAUAUUUACUGAGAGAUUUUGAUCUGGAUAAGCGUGAACCACCUCUUAAGUACAUCACGCGGAAGAAUCCACACAAUGUACGCUGGGGCGAAAUGAAACUGUUUUUAGAACUGCAGGUGGUGAAACGGGCCUUAGAGGUGUGGGGUAGCGAAGAGAAAAUAGAAGAACAGCGUGAGCUGCGAGAAGAGAAAAAGGUGUUGGCGAAAACCAAAAAAUACAAUAAGCAGUUGAAAGAAUUAAAAAUGAGUAUGAGAAGUAGUUUGUACGAUAGAACGUCAGCAACUGCGCAUGUGCACGAGUUUGGUCCAGAAACAUAUCACGAAGAAGAAGAUAACUACACCCGUAAUUGUUUAACUUGCUCGUAUGUAGAAACCUUUGAAAAGAUGUAAAUUUCCUUGUAUACUUUAUAAAUAAAACAUUUUUAUUAUAAAA